AUGGUGUGCCACCAGAUCCUCCCGUGGGCCCUCCUGCUGGUGGCCUCCGGGCCCCUGUGGGCCCAUCCCAUCACAGACUCGGCUGAGAGGCCCUACUCGGGCCCCGUAUCAGUGGAGGAUCAGGGAGUCGGUAGUCUGGACGAGCUUUCCCUCUCCGAACAAACCUUCCCCCUGCAGGACCCCGCGGUUCUCCGAUACGCCUCCCUGCUGGCCUCGGAGCUCAACAGAGAAGCUAUCAGAGGAACCGGUCUGCUGCCCAGAGGGAUGAAUCGAGAGGUCAUGUUGGAGAAACAAAGUCUCCUUAAUCCCUUCAGUCGUUUACUGGGCAUCAAGAAACAGUUCCGGAAGAGAGGAGGGAACACAGAGUGCUUCUGGAAGUACUGCGUCUAG